CCAGGGCAGGAUGAUGGAGGUCCAGAAUGAGUGCAUGAACGUUUGUGAACGCGGAAUGGACAGAGUCCGCAGUAUCAUUGUUGAGUGCAGCCCCUUUGUUGCCUUCGAGCAGACUAACUUCCGUGGCGAGAUGUUCAUCCUGGAGAAGGGCGAGUAUCCUCGCUGGGACACCUGGUCAAACAGCUACCGCAGUGAUUGUCUCAUGUCCUUCAGACCCAUCCGCAUGGACCCCAUGGAGCACAAGAUCUGCCUGUACGAGCUGUGUGACUUCCAGGGCAACAAGAUGGAGAUCCAGGAAGAUGACGUGCCAACCCUGUGGGCGCAUGGCUUCUGCGACCGAGUGGGCAGCGUGAGGGUCCCCGGUGGAGCUUGGGUGGGAUACCAGUACCCCGGCUACAGAGGCUACCAGUAUCUGUUUGAGUGUGGCGACUACAGACACUACAACGAGUUUUGCGCCUUCCAGCCUCAGAUUCAGUCCAUGCGCCGUGUGAGGGACAUGCAGUUCCACAAGCACGGCUGCUUCAAUCUGACCGCCGCAAAACAGUGAACUCACUCCGCUGCAGUCCUGUAGCAUAAUGACUAGCCUUCUCAUGGUGCUUUUUAUCCCCGUACCGCCCCCUUUUCUCUGACUCUUCCACCCUCCCCAGAAUAGAUUCAUUUAAAUUGUCCCGGACAUCUAACUGACUUUUUAUGAUGCCAAUAAUAAACAUGUUUUGGAAAAACAAAAAA